AUGUAUUUUAUUAAUUUAGAUGAUAUUGAACCAGAGCAAUUUGUUAGAGAUUUGUGUGAUAGCCAUGAAAGCAGUACAAUUUCAAAGACAACUGAAUCGACAAACUUGACWGGCAAUAAUUAUGAAAGUAAAUUUCCAAACGAUCCAUCAAAGAUACCAGAUAAUGUUUCCCAUACUUUACUUCAUUAUUUUAUGGAAAUGGGACCAUGUCAACCUUGCCCAUUUGAUCUGCUCAAUAAUAUAUAUCCAAAAUCUUUGGAUUCAAGUGGUUUUUCUAGAUCAUUUCAUCAAUCAUAUUUUCACAAAUCACUAUCAGAUGGAAAAUUAGUUAAAAGAAUCUGGUUAUCAUACUCACCAAUCUUGGAUAAAAUUUACUGUACUACAUGUAAAUUGUUUGGUUUAUCGAAAAAAAAAAAAAAUAAAUUUGUGGCAAAUGGCUCGAAAGAUUGGAAAAAUUUGAAGCGAACAAUUGAAGUUCAUGAAUCAAUUCUUGAACAUUUACAGGCUGAAAUAAGUCGUGGCCUUUAUAUUGCAAAUUUACGCUUAGAUUUAACUUUACUUCAGUCUGUUAAUAAUCAAGUAGCUACAAAUCGUGAGAUUGUUCUAGCUGUAAUUCAAAUAUUAAUAUAUUGUGCUCGUCAAAAUAUUCCACUUCGUGGUCAUGAUGAAAAAAUUACUUCACAAAACCAAGGAAAUUUCUUAGAACUAGUUAAACUAAUAAGAUGA